GGCCGUGCGGCGUCACAGUGAGCCCUCUUGCGCCCAGACGAUCUCUGCUGCGAGCGGAAGCUACGGCACUUCCGGUGACGGGGCCGUGCCGCGUCUCCAGCCUGCUCGGUCGGAAUGAUGCCACGCGACGGCGACAUGAGCUCUCUCGUGCACAGAGUCGCGCGGCAGGCCCUCGUCACCUUCACGGCUCGCGCCCACGAGGAGGCCAAGGCGUUCACGGAGAAGCACGGCGAGCUGCGCCGCCUGAUGACGGAAGUGCGCGCGGCGGACCUGCGGCUGGUGCCGCGGCGCAGAGGCGCGACGCCGGAGCCCGGCGCCCCGCCGGUCACCUACAUGCACAUCUGCGAGACGGAGCGCUUCAGCAUGGGCGUGUUCCUGCUGCGGAGCGGCGCCUCCAUCCCCCUGCACGACCACCCGGGCAUGCACGGCCUGCUCAAGGUGCUGUACGGGACGGCCCGGAUCAGCUGCUUCGACCGGCUGGAGCGGCCGCGGGCCCCGGCCCAGCUGGGGGCCCUGCGGCGGGCGGUGCUGCGCUCCGUGGCCGAGUUCACGGAGGAGAGCGGCGCCUGCGUGCUGUUCCCGGAGCAGGACAACCUGCACCAGAUCGACGCCGUGGACGGACCCACGGCCUUCAUGGACGUCCUGGCGCCGCCCUACGAGCCGGACCAGGGCCGGGACUGCCACUACUACCGUCUGAUGACGGCCCCGGGCCCCGGGCCCCAGGAGGUGACGCUCAUGGAGAUCCCGCAGCCGCCCGAGUUCUGGUGCGGCUCCGAACCUUACCCCGGGCCCAGAGUUUGCGUGGGGGCGCUGUGACUCACCCUGCCCGACCCUCCCGGACCUGGCGCCUCUUCUCGUCACAGCUCGGCGGCUUCGGACCCCGGUGCCCUGACUGCCGGGUCCGGCGGCGGUGUGUGGUGGCGAGGCGAACUGGACCUUGGUUCCGCUGGAGGGCUCGCUCUUGUUGGGACUCCUCUUGGAAUGUGGCUUUGCUCAGAGGGCCCGGCUCAGGGCCCCGACCCUCCCGCGGCGGGGAAGCAGCAAUGUGAAGUUUGGUGACUGUGAUUGUUGUUGUGCAGCAAUAAAACCCAGGCGUCCGUGCAGAAGGAGCCUGGAUU